AUGCCUGAACAAACUCACAUUCCACAUAUUCUUUGGGCUCAACAACGUGAAACAGUUCUUUUGACGGUUGCUGUGCCUGAUAUUGAAAAAGUUGACGUUAAAUUUGAAGAAAAUUCGGUCAGUUUUAAUGGUCAAACAACAUCAGUUAAAGAAAAAAAUACCUAUGCCGUUAAAAUUGAUUUGUACGAAAAAAUUGAUCCAGAAGCUUGUAAAUAUGAAAAUAUUGGCCAAAAAUAUUGGCGUUUACUAUUGAAGAAGAAAGAUACAACUGUUGCAUUUUGGCCACGAGUAACAAAAGAAAAAACACGCUUACAUUGGUUACAAACUGAUUUUGAUCAUUGGAAAGAUGAAGAUGAAAGUGAUGAUGAAAAACCAGGAUUCGGUGGAAACUUUCAAGAUAUGUUUUCUGGAGGUAUGGGCGGAAUGGGCGGAAUGGAGGGCAUGGGUGGCAUGGGUGGCAUGGGCGAUAUGCCAGAUAUGGGAGAAGAUUCUGAUGACGACGAUGGUGGUGUAGAUGAUUUGGAAGCGCCAGUAGCAACUACUGAAAAUGGUGUUAACGGUAAAAAUCAUCAAGAAGACAAGAAAUCGGACAAUAAACAAGAUGACGAAGAAAAGUCAGCUGAGAAAACUAAAGCUGGUGUUGAAGAAUCGGCUAGCAAAUAA